AUGGCUCUUGUACAUGCAACAGUUAAGUUCUUACUCUUCAUUUGGGCACCAAUGGUUUUUCAUGGCCGUUUAGUCGCUUCUGAUGCGGUUAAUGGUACUUGUGAUCCAGGUUGGCUACAAUUCAGAGAUAAAUGUAUUUCAUUUUCCUCCAAAAUGAACUAUGAGAAUGCGUUAAAGUAUUGCCAAAACAUCAAAAGUAGUUUGAUGGAAAUUGAUAGUGUGGAAAAGGAAUCGUUUGUUGCAAGUUCUGUUCCAGACUCAUCGAAUGUCUACUGGUUAGGAUUGAUAGACUUGGUUGGUAAUGAUAGCAUCAAUGAUCAUGUAUGGGUGCAAAGCAAUCGUUCCGUCAUUGCUACUGGCUAUCAAAACUGGGGGCUUUCUAACCCCGGAAAAGCCUCUCAACGUUGCGUAGUUUUACGCAAUUCGCCGCCUUACCAAUGGUAUGAUCGGAGUUGUGACGACACUUAUUAUGCUAUCUGUGAAAAAAAUUCGGUGAAAGAUAUUGUGGCUUCGUCAACGGUUGGAUAUCCAAUGUCGUCGACUGCAGGUAGAAACUUCGUUUGA